GCCAAGGGGGAGAAGGUGGAGUGGCUUCGGCAUGCGCUUUACGGCGUUGGGACUUACUUGGAUGUUGAGAGAACAGAUGAAUACGUGGAGUGUAUCAAGGCGCUUAGCCGCUUGCGGCGUGAACGCACCUACGGGAAAGAUGAAAACACGAGAGAAAAAUUUUUGAAGAGACAAGAGUGGCGGUUCUGGUCGAAGGGUGUUGGCGGCUCGCGGUUCUUCACCAAGCGACUGAAGGUUGACGAUAUUCUUCUGCCUCGUGACUCGCUCAGAGCAGUGUUUGGAUCGAUCAGGGAAAUGCGGGGGAUGCUUGCUCAAGAAGGCAGCAACCCCCCAAACCAGUGCACCUCCAAAGUCGUUCAAUCGCUGAGAGAACAGAUCAUCCAAUGCAUGGAGGGUCGGCAAAACUUUAUUGCCAUCGAGAAGUGCGAUGCCACGCACACCGUGCAGCUCGCCGAAGAGGAGCAUCGCCUGUGUCAAGGACUCGAGGCACAAGAAACGUCUCAACACUUCAGAGCCGUUGCGCGCCUUGGAAACUAUGAUGCCUUGCCAACAGCAACUAUCCUUGGUCCGCCUUAUGGGGGUGUGCUGCGUCCUGCUGGGGAGCUCGCCAUGAUGCAGAUGAUACACGACCGUCUGCGAGAUCUAAAGGGGCCCCCACGGCAGUCGUAUGCCUUUCGCAUCGAAAAUCUGGGGUACAUAGGAGAGUGGGAAGCGCGGCAGGACAAGGCGGAGGCGCGUUGUUCGGAGUGCUGCUGGCGAUUCGAUGCAGCAGCUGCGGUGAAGGGGAGUACAGAACGAGACACUGGACCUGAAUUAGAAGAAUACCAAGACUGCAUAGCUGGGGAGGGCCGCGAAAUUUCCUGGCAGCCUAGGAGUCGGCCUCUUACGAGCUUAGACGAAAUACACAACUACGUGCAGAAGACAAUGAAUAAGCUGGCAUCCUGCAGCACUAUCAGAGAAGCCGAGCAGAUAGAACGAGAGUUUCGCAUGAAUGAUCCUGACAUCCGUAUGGACAGCUGCAGCACAAUCGAGCCAGAUUCCCCCGAGUUAGAUGCCAUGGAUUACAGAAGCGAGUAUUCCAUGAUGAACGACGCAAAUGGCUCUGCCAGCAUAAGCAACGGAAACAACUGCCACAGCUUGCUGGUGAUUAUCGGCGGUCUGCCCUUCUUCUUCCCUAUAACGAAUCGUCCUAUUAGAAAUGGCGAAGAGCUUCUGCUGUCCUAUGGACCGCAUUACUGGACGGAGGCGCAGUCUACUGAGGCUCUGCUAUCUUCGACAUACCAGCUCAUGACUGGCCUGUUGACCAUGGCUUUUGAGAACAAGAGAAAUGUGUUUGAUAGAAAUGCACACCUGGAAGAAAGCAACUGCCGGCUGGUUCAGUCUCGGGCCGACGAGAGAGCAGCCGAAGACGUUGCGGAGUUGCUGGCAAGGCUGCAUGUCUGCAACGAUCAGGGAGAGCAGCGCAAGCAGGCUGCAGCGUGGCUGGAAGAGCUAAAGAAGACGCUGCAAAGGGAAGGCAGGGGCUAUGCAGUUCUUGAGGCGUUGGAUCGAGCUGCAACAUCUCUUGCAAGCGGCGCGGAUGUGGCCGUCACUUUCGCUGACUUGAAGGCUGCAACGGAUACCCUAACCAGAGAAUAUCAUCAGCGCACUGUCGAGCUGCAACAGCAGGUCGAGAAGGCAGAAGAGGCCAGAAAAAGCGCGGAAAAAGAAAGCGCAAGGCUGCAACUCCAUCUUAACGCCGUAAAUGACAGCUCUCAGGUCCAAGCGUCCCGCCUGGCAAAGCUGAAACUCGAACUGCAACGGAUGCAUGCCAUUUCCCAACGUCACUUCGUGGAAAGGGAGAGAAUCACUUCUUCAAGGAGCAUUCACAGUGACGACUGCCCGUAUGCGAAAAUUACAGAGCUGCUCGGUGUUCAAGGGUUGCCCAUUCAUGCCACAGGGUCUGAUGUUCAGCGCCAUGAAGAUGUGUGCAAAGCAAGGGGUUAUCUGCUAAGCAUGGGUUUCCUGGACAUACACACGAGCAAGUGUCGGCAAUGCGGCUGGCCUUUUGUGAAAGGUCCCCUAGCGCCUCAUGGGGAAGAGCAGCAUCUGUGGCAUUGCCGCGGAGAGAACAACGACAUAGCCGAACUUGUGGAGGAGGGAGAAGAGCUGGCCAAAGGGCAGGGCUUUUUGCUGCAAAGAUGCCUCAACAUCUUGUCGCGCGACUCUGAGAUCUGCUGGUUUCUGUUCGAGCUGCUGUGCUGUCUCGCCAAGACCUUUGCACGGCUUGUGCCUAAGCACAAGGCACGCAAUCAGCAGUGGCAGCAGCUUUGUCUUCAGGAAGCGCAUUGCAGCAGUCAAAAGCAGCACCGCUUGCUACACGGCAGGCCAGGGGGGCAAGAACGUCAGAGGGAGGCAUGCAAGCCACCGCUGCAGCAGCAAGAAGCACACGGACCCUCGCAAGAGUCUGAAGUCGAGGACGGCGAGCUAGAACCGGAUGCAUGCCAUGAGGGGGUGCACAUGGCAGACAAUCAGUCCACCAGGAUGGUCAAAGAGCUUGCAACAACAACGCAUUGCACAGAUCCGCAUGCCCGCGACACUACUCCAGACAGCGCCUGCGUUGCAAGCACAAAGCAACGAAGCUGCAGCGCUUGUAUUUGCGCGGGUAGAAACAAUUGGGAAAGAACUACAAAGCGAUUUCGAUGUGGAGAAGGCACAACGGACAGCAGCAGCAACACACAGCGUUUGCCACGUUUUUCUCAGCAUGCAGACGCGUUCGCAGGAUACGGGCAAGUCAGAUCGGAGGCAUCCUUCGAUUUCGAUGCCAUGGUGCUCGAGGCUUUCGAGGAAGACCCCGUAUCUCGCGAUACAGAUUGGGUUGGAUGGCUGCUGGAGCUGCCGGUGCUUCGAUGGACUCUAACAGCAGACACAGAAGCCGAAAGGCGGCGGCAAGUUCACUUACUGAUGUGCAAUUUCCCCCUAUUGCUGCACGCUGUCUUCUCUGUUUGCUGCAACAACUGUCUGGGGUUUAGCCUCAUUCCUGCGUCUCUCAAUAGAGACAACUGGCUGGGCGAGUUCCUCGAGGCGGUCCAUCAAUGUCUUGAAGAAGUUGAAAGCGAGUGCGAUGCACAGAGAGCGACAUCUGAGACGACUCCCACCAUGUGGAUAUCACGUUUUUUUCGUGCGGUUGAGGGUGCGCACGUGGCCUUAUCGGCUAUUGAAGCCGAAAGGAAGGCUGUUGACGUGCAGGCUUUAGAGCGUCAUCUUGCGAAGCGGCGAUGCCUCCUCCGCAAGAUUGAGGAUCUGCGCGAUCGUCGGGCUGCGGCAAGUAUGAGGGCAGCUCAGUGCGGUGACUCAGGGAUCGACGAUCCCAUGCAAAAUGAGACAGCCGAGGAGUGCGAGCUGUGGAAGGCGAUCUACAAGUUGUCGGAGGCGGUCAAGACCCGGGUGUCGGUACACCUGAAUGCGUGGGGGCAGCAGCUGGCCUACUUCAUAGACACCCGCUAUUUGCGAUUGGAGCAGUACGAGCGUCAUGAAAUGUGGCGGGAGGAACGGCUUCGAGCCAGCCGACGCAAAUUGCAAGGCUUUUCUGAGGCCGAGAGAUACAUGACGAGCGAACAAAAAGCCUUGUGCUUCAGAAACAAACGCAGGGAAACCGGAGGAAAAUAUUUGCGGUACUUUGCAUUCCGCACGAGGAUGGGAGAAUUCGACGACUGCGUUGAUCGCGUCAAGUACUUUGCUGGCCUUGAGGGGGGCAAUGUAUCGACGGCGAUCAACAAGACUUUGUCUUUGAUUGCUGAUUACGCCGGGGUUCGACCAGGAACGUGGGAUAGGGAUGUUAAGAGGCGACUUCAACCGGAGCUGAACAGUCAGUUGCGAGAGAUUUCCAGUGCUGAGGAGGCGGACCGCCUUCUUGGGAAGCCUCUCUUUGAGCGAGCCUUAGAGCAUUGGCCUCAACUCCGGCGGCUUGUCGACAUUGGUGCAACGCGAGCCGUGCAUGCAGUCCAGCUGCAGCUCUCCGACACAAGAAAGCAGCUGGAGCAGAGCCGCCAGCAAGCAAGGCGUCUUCAGCAGCAAAUCAAGGAGCUGCACGCUUGCAUGCAGCGCUUGCAGCAAACCGGUCCAACCGAAAUGACGUCUGGGGCUUCCCAGACAGAUGCCAACGCUGCCACCCUCGCAUGUGUGCCGCAGCUGGUAAGCGGCGAGGAAGCGUGUCUGCAGCAUCCCGAGCAUGCGGUGCUGCUGCAAGACAAACGGCUUUUGCACCAGGAGUAUAUCGCCACCUCGCAAGACGGCGAAGGAGCAACACAGCGCCACAUGCGUGUCAAGCAGGAAGCAGGGCCUGCAACUGCUGCCCAUGAACGCAUUAUUGCGACGCAAAAUCCCGGCACUAACCCCUGUACGCUGCUGCAGCUGUACUGCGAGGAUAGAUCCGCGCACACGGUGAUCAGGCGUGGCGACUUCCCCCGAGUUUCCAAGGAAAUAAAAGACGACGUACAAGACGGAAGUGGCGACUCUCGCCAUGCAGUCUUUCGCUACCUGUUGCCUCCAACGCCUUUCGUGUUCGAGCCACCUAUCGAUGUCAACAAAAGCGGCUGUCUGCACGGCUACCUGCCUGCCGGACGGAACGAUCAUUUCACGCUCGACGUCGUGCUUCGACUGCCUGCACUUACUAGCACUGGAUCGCGAAUAAUAGCCCUCAACAGUCGUGAAGGCAGGGGCAGGAGGUUCUAUCACCCACAAGAUUCCAAUCAGCAGCUGACUUCCAUUUACGAUCCAUUGGUCUGCACGCGAGAAAGCCCCCCCGAAUACGCAAUGUUGCUGAGCGCCCGCUACUGGAUCGUGCCUCGAGGCAAAUAUGAUCGAAUACAACGAGUGGAUCUGGGCAUGGGGAUGCGGAUCCCCAGCCAUGCGCCAUCGGCUGCAACCUCUGCUGGCACACAAGACGGACGAGCCGUCCCGAGUCUGUGUGACUGCCACAGAGUUACGUUGAAGUGCACGAGCGAGAGCGCUGGGGGUUGCGCAGAGGCCUCAUCGAUGCCUGCCAUGCGUGUAGUCCCCUUCGUGAAUGGGGUAUUACAAGAGCCUUUGAUGGUUCCUCGCAUGCCCGACUUUUACAAGAUCUGUAGCAUCCUCUUCAGCUGCGACUUCAACCCCGAUCAACUGCCGGCACCGCCGGGGAUUCGACUGCUGCUGCCCACGCAGCGAUACAGGGCUGCAGCACUUGAUGAUGGGCGGCUUGAAGCCGAAGAACUUUCUAUUCAACAGACCGCUCUCAGCACUGCGACUCGUUUUAGCACACCCGAGAGAGAUGCCAAUCAGAGAAAUGCGGAACCGCACGAGACAGCAGCAGCCAAUCGGCCUUUCAACGGAAUCGGGAAAGCGGCGGACAUGUAUGGAAACGCGCGAGGUGGCAGUCCAGGCACCAUGAGGAAUAGCAUCAGCGCUGCAUGCGAUGCAUCAGCGCAUGACCCUUUCGAAGAGUCUCCUGCACAGCAGCGGCGGCAGCAGCUGAUGUUAGAACGGCGGUUACGUACUCCCAGUUCGCCGGAUGACCCCGUACAGACAGGUGAGCCGCAACCACAUCCGCCUACAGCAGACGCAGAAGGCGCUAAGGGCAUCACCAACGGCUCUGGGUGGGAGCAGCAGGACGAUCCUGAGCAGACACUAGACCCAAAACAGCUUACCCAAGCUUACCACCGGAUGCGACACCGCAAUAAUCCCGUCCCCCCCUUCAUUCUCAGAAAGAAAUCAAGUGCACUCUCCUCAUUCUCAGUGACCACGGAGCAGCACCAGCAAAAUACGUAUGCGCAGCUAGCGCACUCGCAAUGCGGCUACCCCAUGGUUCCCACAUCACCCAAUACGCAGGCAGAGGGCCCGUCGGGCACAAACCGCAAUCUUUACGUUGCAAUGAAAGGCGAGCAUACAAGUUAA